AUGGCGGUCUCGAUAUUUCAGCCAAUGGCCGUGCCGGCGUUGGAUUCGACGGCGGAGGAUCUGAGAACGGUGUGCGCCGGAGGCAGGACCAGGAGCUACGAGUGGAGGGUCUCCCAGUUGAAGGCGCUCCUCACGAUAACCACCCGGCAUGAGAGAGAGAUUAUCCAUGCUCUACGUGCCGACCUCAAUAAGCCAGAGCAAGAAGCUUUUCUGCACGAGAUUUAUGGAGUAUCAUCAUCAUGUAAGUUGGCUUUGAAGGAAUUACAUCGAUGGAUGACUCCAGAAAGAGUGAAAACAGAGAUUGUUAGCUCUUCAUCAUCAGCUGAAAUAGUGUCGGAGCCUUUGGGGGCCGUUUUGAUCAUAUCAACUUGGAACUAUCCCUUUGCGUUGUCACUCGAACCAGUUGUUGGAGCUAUUGCAGCUGGGAAUACCUUACUUUUGAAACCAUCUGAAGUUGCCCCUGCAACUUCCUCAGUUCUAUCAAAGCUUCUCGGGGAAUAUAUGGACACCUCAGCAGUGAAGGUCGUUGAAGGCGGUGUGCCCGAGACAACUUCCUUGCUGGAACAAAAAUGGGAUAAAAUAUUUUACACAGGGAGUCUCAAUGUGGGACGCAUUAUAUUAGCUGCUGCUGCUAAGCAUUGCACACCGGUGGUUUUAGAGCUUGGAGGGAAAUGUCCUUUAGUUGUUGAUUCAGAUAUCAACUUAAAAGUUGCAGCAAAACGAAUAAUCUCUGGCAAGUGGGGAAGUAACAGCGGACAAACUUGUGUUUCACCUGAUUAUAUUGUGACUACAAAAGAGUUUGCCUCAACAUUGGUGGAUGCUAUUUCAUUCGAGCUGGAGAAUUUUUAUGGAAAGGAUCCUCUGCAAUCAAGCGACUUGUCGAGCAUUAUAAAUUCCCGCCAUUUUGACCGCUUGACAAAGUUAAUGGAUGACAGGAAGGUUUCUGGUAAAGUAGUUGUUGGAGGUCAGCGGGAUAAAGUCAAUCUCAAGAUUGCUCCCACAAUUAUAUUGGAUGUCCCACAAGAUUCCCUUAUCAUGAAUGAGGAGAUUUUCGGUCCUUUACUUCCAAUUGUCACGGUUGACAAAAUCGAGGACAGCUUGCACCUGAUUAAUUCCAGAGGAAAACCUCUCGCUGCAUAUAUAUUUACAAACAACAAACGACUCAAGGAAGAUUUCGUAAGAAGCAUCUCGGCUGGGGCUGUGGUCAUUAAUGAGACAGUUGUGCAUACUGUAGAGCACGGGCUACCAUUUGGAGGGGUCGGGGAAAGUGGGAUGGGAUCAUACCAUGGCAAAUUUUCGUUCGACACUUUCAGCCACAAAAAAGCCGUUUUGAAAUGCGAAUUCAAUGGUGAUACAGACAUGAGAAAAACUCGAAUUAUGGCGACGGGCGUGGUGACCGUGGCGGAGGAUUUGAGAUCGGUCUACGCCGCCGGCAAGACGAGAGCUUACGAGUGGCGGGCUUCGCAGCUGAAAUCCCUUCUCGAGAUAACCGAUCGCCAUGAAAAGGAGAUUACAGAAGCCCUGCGCUCGGACCUCAACAAACCGGAGCUCGAGGCUUUUGUUCAUGAGGUGGGAAAUGGCAGAGUAGGACGUGUUAUACUAACUGCAGCUGCAAAAUAUCUAACGCCCGUUGUUUUGGAGCUUGGCGGGAAAUGUCCGGUGGUGGUUGAUUCAAACAUCAACCUUAAAGUUGCUGCAAAAAGAAUAAUUGCGGGAAAGUGGGGUUGCAACAGUGGACAAACAUGCGUUUCGCCUGAUUAUGUAGUGACUACAAAACAAUUUGCCUCAUCAUUGGUGAACGCUAUUUCAACCGAACUGGAGAAAUUCUACGGGAAGGAUCCUCUCCAAUCAAACGACUUGUCGAGCAUUAUAAAUUCACGCCAUUUUGACCGCUUAGCAAAGUUAUUGGAUGAUGAGAAGGUUUCUGGUAAGGUAGUUGUUGGAGGUCACCGAGAUAAAAAUAAAUUAAAGAUUGCUCCCACUGUUUUACUCGAUGUCCCACAAGAUUCUCUCAUCAUGGAUGAGGAGAUUUUUGGUCCUUUGCUUCCGGUUAUCACGGUCCCCAAAAUCGAGGAAGCUAUUGGGCUGAUUAAUUCUAGAGAGAAACCUCUCGCCGCUUAUUUGUUUACAAAUGACGAAAGACUCAGAGAGGAAUUCAUAUACAACGUAUCAGCCGGUGGAAUGUGCAUUAACGAGACAGCUCUGCAUCUUGCGGAGCCCUCCUUGCCGUUUGGGGGCGUGGGGGAAAGUGGAAUGGGGGCUUACCACGGAAAAUUCUCUUUUGAUGCUUUUAGCCACAAAAAGGCAGUAUUAGCACGCGGGUUUAAUGGGGAUAUAGCUGCAAGAUACCCACCUUAUACUUCUCGGAAGCUAAAUCUUCUGAAAGCCAUCUUGAGUGGAAAUAUUCUCGGUGCUAUUCGUGCUUUGAUUGGUUGGUUAUUUACCGUAGCAUUAAGCCUCGGCAAGACCAAUAAAACCUACUUUCUUCAUAUAGACACCGGCAGUGAUCUUACGUGGGUUCAGUGUAAGGUUCAAAACGCGACUAACCAUCGUGCCCCUAACCCUCCUUACAGGCCCGUGCAAAUAAUCCGGGCAACUAAUCCAAUGUGUAAAGCCGUUGAAUCGAUUUCCGAGAUAAAGAACCCUCCAAACGCAACGCACUGCGAUUACUCGCUUAAGUAUGUGGACGGGUCCUCGACCCUUGGCUUGCUCGUUAGUGACACGGUCAAUCUUCAGUUUCCCAAUGGCACCGACGUGUCCCCCCAGUUCGCCUUCGGAUGUGGUUACAACCAAAAGUCCGGGUCGAACAAUCCACCAUACGCUGACGGGAUCCUUGGCCUCGGCAAAGGCAACACCACCAUUUUAGCCCAACUGCAAACAAUGGGCGUGACAGAAAAUGUCGUGGGCCACUGUUUUAGUAGCAAUGGUAGUGGCUACCUUAUGUUGGGAGAGCUUGCUUCUACUCUGGGGGUCGUAUGGAUGCCUCUAUCGACCAAAUCAGUCAACUACUAUUUGGGAAAGGCAGAAUUGCAGUUUGGUAAUCAAACUGCUAAUGAUUUGAAUGGCCUUGACAUAGUUUUGGACAGCGGAAGUACUUACACUUACUUGGCUUCUAAACCCUACACAACUCUUCUUUCUCUGAUAAACGAUUACUUCAAUGGAAAGAACUUAACUUCAGUAAAGGAUGCAGCCCUUCCGGUUUGCUGGAAAUCAUCAACGGGCAAAACCUUCACAAAUGUAACAGAUGCCGCUGCCGACUUUACAUCUUUGGUUUUAAGCUUCCCCAACAACAUUAAUUUUCCAAUGGACCCAUCGUCUUACCUUAUUGUCACCGUAAGACGGACUCUCUUUUUCGACCUUCUU